CUGCUCCUGAAAAUUUCAACUAAGAAGGAUCGUUGUGGACAGCCGGAGAAAAUGCCAAUCUUCUAAAGUUCAGCAUUCUCUUGCUUUUUAAGCUAAAUUUCGAAUUUAUUGUGUGAAAUUUUAGAAAGUUAUUAAGUGUAAGGGGGAAACCACCCUCAACGCGUUUAUUCGAAUCUAGUUUUCUUUAUUACUUGAUACACUAUAACUGACGCUUGCGCCGUUUUCAUUAGUGUUCAUCGGCCGCAUUUACUAGCUCAUUCUUUUUGCACGAAACGCAAGUUCAAGAAAUUGCUCUAAUACUCCAAACUUAAUGUGUCGGUGAAAUUUUUGGGUAGAAUUUGGUGUUAAGUCGCUACAGGACCAACGCGUAUAAUUUUAGGUUAAACAUAAUCCAAAAUUAUAAAUCAGUGUUGAGUCUUAGCUUUUAAUGGUUAAUAAUGAGUGAUUAUUCAGCGGUAGCUCCGCCUCAUCAAAAUUUUAGCCAAAGUUCUGCCUUCGCAGCAGCUUUACAGCGUGCAAAACAGAUUGCAGCAAAGAUAAAUCCUGGAGGCAGCCAAAAUAGUGCUGACACUAGUUUAAAGAGAUCUUUGGAUGAUAGCACAGGUGAACCUGAAACAAAAAAACUGGCGCCCGAUCCAUUAAUUGGUCUUAGAACCGGUCCAUUACCAGGACUUGGUGACUCAGUAGGUAGAGGAGUACCGUCCCAAGUAUCAUCGCCAACUUCUGUUGGAAGUCUGGGAGGUAUUUGCAAUGAAGAUAUCAGGGUUCCUGACAAAAUGGUCGGAUUGAUAAUUGGCCGAGGCGGUGAACAAAUAACGAGAUUGCAAAGUGAAACGGGGUGUAAAAUACAAAUGGCGCCCGAAAGUGGCGGUCUCUCAGAACGUGUUUGCACCCUAACGGGCUCAAGAGAAGCUGUCAAUCGUGCAAAAGAGCUUGUAUUGUCAAUUGUGAAUCAGAGAUGCAGGACUGAAGGAAUUGGUGAAGUAAGUAUGAGUGGUAAUGCAAAUACUAAUUCUGGAGGUGGAGGGGGACCACCAAUGGUUGGAAGCCAUCCAGGAUCGGUUGAAAUUAUGAUCCCUGGUCCAAAAGUUGGAUUAAUUAUUGGAAAAGGAGGUGAGACAAUCAAACAACUUCAAGAGAAAUCAGGAGCAAAAAUGGUUGUUAUUCAAGAUGGACCAUCACAAGAGCAAGAAAAACCUCUAAGAAUAACUGGAGAUCCUCAAAAAGUAGAAUAUGCUAAACAAUUAGUGUAUGAAUUAAUAGCAGAAAAAGAAAUGCAAAUGUUCCAUAGGGUUCCAAGAAACAAUGAAAGAAGUUUUCCUAGUGAUAAUGGUUUUAAUAAUACUACUCCAAAUGCAGAUGGAGUAGAAGUUCUUGUACCAAGAGCGGCAGUCGGAGUAGUUAUUGGUAAAGGAGGUGAUAUGAUAAAAAAAAUUCAAUCAGAAACAGGGGCACGAGUUCAAUUUCAGCAAGGAAGAGAAGAUGGUCCUGGAGAUCGGAAAUGUCUAUUGUCAGGGAAACCUCAAGCUGUAGAACAAGCACGACAAAGGAUUCAAGAACUUAUUGAUAGUAGAAGGGACGAUAGAACUCCAGUGGGUAGAAGCGGCAAUCCUCGAGGAAAUGGAUUCGGAGGAGGCCGUCCAAAUGAAUAUGGUGGCUGGGAUAGACGUCAAGGAGGUGGUUCGAUGCAAGAUAAAGUGGAAACUACUUAUAAUGUUCCUUCUACCAAAUGUGGAAUAAUUAUUGGAAAAGGAGGUGAAACAAUUAAACAAAUAAACCAACAAACUGGUGCACAUUGUGAGCUUGAUCGUAGAAAUCAAGGCAACGAAAAUGAAAAGAUUUUUAUUAUUCGUGGAACACCAGAACAAGUAGAGCAUGCCAAGAGAAUAUUUAGUGAAAAAUUAGGAAUGAAUGAUUCUAUGCAUGACUUCCAAGGAAAUGCCAAUAAUGCUUACGCAAGCAGUCAAGGUGCAAUCAGUUAUAAUCCUACUUGGAAUACAGGUACUGGAUAUCAAUCAUGGCCCAAUCAAACUCCGACAGCUGAUCCAAAUAAUGUUCAGCAAGUUCAAGUUAAUCCGCAAACGGGGCAACCAGAUUAUAGUGCUCAAUGGGCGGAAUAUUAUCGUUCCCUUGGAAUGCAUAGGGAAGCAGAAAUGAUUGAACAACAAUCAAAACAAGCAAAAUCAGAUCAUAAUCAGCAGCAAGCAGCGACGCCAGGUGCUGCAGGCGCUGCUGCACAACAACAAGCACAGGCACCUCAGCAGGGUCAACAACAAGCCUCAGCUCAAAAUGGAGGACAAGCAGAUUACAGUGCUCAAUGGGCUGAAUAUUAUAGAAGUAUCGGUAAAAUAAAAGAAGCAGAAGCCAUUGAAGCACAAAUGAAAGCUGGAAAGUUGGGAAUACAAAACAAUCAAAUGGCUCAACCACAAAUGCAACCUCAAGCUAUGCAGAAUCAAUCAACAGGACCUGCUCCAGCAGCAGCAAAUGCGUUCCCUCAAGCAUAUGGAGCUUAUCCCGGUAUGAAUGCAGGAGCUACACCGGCUAAUUAUUAUGCUGCAACUGCUGGAACACCGCAAGCCCAAUCUGGUCAACAACAAAAUUCAUCAUUUGCCGGUGGCUAUCAGAACUAUUCAUACCCCCAGCCCAGCUCUGAAAAUUAAAUUUUUUCUUCACCAACAAUAAUUUUCAGAUAGCUUUCCAAUGGGAUGCGGUUAAUGCCUGCGCUGUUGUCUUCAUAUAAUUAAUUAUAUUAACAUAAAAGAAAAUAUUGAAAGAACAAAAUAAAAUCAUUAUAAUUGGCCAUGUUAUAAAUAGCCAUAAAUAGCAUUUUUCAAAUUUAAUGAUAGUAACAAAUUAUAUCAAUUUUAAUUAUUAUAAUGUCCUCCGUAAAUUUUUUUCCACAUAUUAUUAAUGAAUUAACUUCAUAUAUAUAUAGUUAUAAUUACUUAUAAUCACAUGAAUAAUGUAGAAUAUUCAUGAUAUUAAUUCUAAAAAUAAUGAGGAUAAAAGAAAUGAAAAAAUUGAGGAGUAUAAUGUAGAACAAAUUAAACACAAAAUUUGUAUGUGUUCCAUCAAAAUUGUUUGUUAUAAAAAAAUAUAGAUACGUAAGACAAGCUUGAAUAUUAGCAGGUGAUGCAGCAGAGUAGCGGACGUUUUGGACUUCAUUUGUACGGCAAAUACUACAGUAAAAUAUAAUUUAUUAACUCGUUAAUACCCGUUUUAAUUUAUAAAUCCAGCUUCUAUUUGAAACAUGUCAUACCCCGUAUCUAAUACUGCUCCGUAAAAUAAAUUAUCAUUUCUAUG